AUGUACUCUUACGAACACCAACAGUAUAACCCCUCCUCUACAUUUAUCAACCCCGCCCUGCUUUCUCUGCCUGGCGGAAAUCAGUCAAACGCGACGCAGCAGACGUUCUACCCGCGGUCCCCCACCGCCUUGGAAAUCAGAGACAAGAACAUUCCCCGACAGAUUUCAUUCAGACGCGUUCCUAUGUACGAGCCAGACCAGUUUCCCCCGUCUGAGGAUAUUCGUUUCACCUUGCGUGGCUGCGUCGGACCCUCGGUGCAGGAUAUCCUUGAUGGCAAUGCGAGACUCGACAACGCCCGAUCCACCCCUUUCGAGCACACAGGACACAGAAGCACGAUGUGGAGGUUAUAUUGGGCAGGAGCAUUACUCAGCGGAAAUACCCUCCCACUGAUCAACAAGGGAGGGGCACCCAUCACCCUCGGACAAGUGGCAUACGAGAUUGCCUGUGAAGUCAAAGAUGUUCAUAGGAAGCUUCGCAAUCCUAAGAAGAGCCUACGCUCUCCUCAGGACGAUCCAAAGUUUCCCAUGAGUCAGUUCGAGCUCUAUGAAAUCCACCUAGUAGCUUUUAGUCGCUACAAGACUCAUUGGGUCCCAGUAUGGGCCGUUGAAUCCCACUGA